UGUUCUUAUAAAAACCUUCUACCUACAAUACAGUCACAAUUUUUAGGAAAUAUAGUCACAAAUCUUGAUGUGUUUUGAAACGAUCUUUUGAUUGUUUAUCAAGAAGAUAAACUUGGAAACUAACCCUCAAAGCGAGAAAUUCCCUGCUUACCUAUUUAUGUAUACAAACAUGUUACAUUUAAUUACCUGAAGUCCACCAACACCACUUGCUAAUUUUUAUCAACUGUCUCCACCUGUUACUAUAACUAAACAAAAAAGAUUUAAACCUAAAGAAAAAAAAAGGGAGACAAAUACUUUUCUAAAGUAGAUUUCGCCUCUUUAUAAAAAGCAAUCAAACACAGUGGUAUCAACUUCUUUUGUUUAAGAAUUCAUACUUGCUGAUCCUUGGAUGACUCAUUCCUUGUAAAAGUUUCAAGAUUCUUUCACCAACUUGCUUCACUUCUUUGCUAUAUUAUAUAUAUCCAUGGUUGUAACGCGCUUCAUUCCCUCCACUAAUCAUCACAUAAAACUUGCUACACCCAUUCUCAAGUUUUGAACUAUAGAGAUACAAAAAAACAAACAAGGUAAAAAAAUGGAUGUUGCUUAUGCAUUUCAGUCCGCGAAAUGUACACUUGAGGAUCAUGUCCUCAGACAUCAGCACAAGCCAAUGAAACUAUUGAUUGCACCCUCUAGUCAUAAUGUAGAUGGGUGCAACUCUAAAAUUAUGAAGAAGGGUAAAAAGGAAUCAGUAAUUAGCGCAAUGAACAAGCUUGCAAAAGAGAAGCUGAGUUUAGGAGGAAAGAUUCUAAGUGUAGGCGGAGUGGAAAAAGUAUUCAGACGUAUGUUUAACCUGAAUGAAGGCGAACAGCUUCUGAAGGCUUCUCAAUGCUCUUUGUUCACCACAGCAGGACAGCUUACAGGCCGCCUUUUCGUCUCCACUGAUAAGAUAGCUUUUUGCAGCGACAAAGCCAUUGCAAAGUACUCUUCUCCUUCAGGGGAAACUCUAAGAUACCAUUACAAGGUUGUGAUCCCUUUAAGUAAGAUCAAGAAAGCCAACCAAAUUGAGGACAUGAAAAAGCCAUCGAAAAGGUACAUUCAAGUAGUAACUGAUGAUGAAUUCGAGUUCUGGUUCGUGGGAUUCCUAAAUUACAAAAAGACGUUCAGAAUCCUACAUCAGGCACUCUCUUGUGAGCCUUUGUUACACAAGAUGAACUGAAUGUUGAACUCUAGAAAAACAGGAAAAUGAAUUGUUUUCCUAGCCCAAUUAGGCCUUGUAUAGAGGUAGAUACACAUGAUUAUUUUAGUAGAUAGCUCUGACCUGUAAAUACAUUGGUUGGGACUAUAUUCGGCGAUGGAGGGAAGGUAUGUAGGGAAAGUACAGGCUAUCAGCCAGAUGAAUUUGUACAUUAAAUACGCGCUUCUAAUGGCAUUGCAAUGGCCGCGGUAGAAGCAACUUCACCUGUGUAUAUUCAUUGAGCUAUGAGUAUUUUUAAGAUGCUAGAGUGUAAUAUAAACACAUGGAUUUUAUUCAUGAGGAUAUAUUUACUUCCUUCUGUUGCAUAAGUGUAUAACACUCAGAUGCUCCCUAGCUACAUAGUAGGUGGAUAAAUCAAAACGGAUUUUGGCAUUUGUCAAAAUAACAACUUAUGUUCUUUGGAAUUUAACUAUAUACAAUUACUUCUUAUGUUACGAAGUAUUUGGGUUUAA